GCCAAAAUCUACUUUCACUUUCAUUUUGUUCCAUUGUAACUUUUAACUGUUUUAAAGAGUUUAGCAAUGUUUAUUGUUGGUUUAACAGGCGGGAUAGCCACUGGAAAAUCAACUGUAUCACAGAUGUUAGCUGAUUUAGGAUGCCCAAUAAUUGAUGCUGAUGUUAUAGCAAGACAAGUUGUUGAACCUGGAACUAAAGCUUGGAAGAAAAUCCAACAAACAUUCGGACAAGAUGUAUUUCAUGAAAAUGGACAACUAAAUCGGGAAAAACUUGGUCAGAUUAUAUUUGCCGACAGCAGUAAAAGGACGGCACUUAACAGAAUCACCCACCCUGAGAUACAGAAAACUAUGAUGUGGAAACUUUUCAUGCUGUUUAUUAAAGGUCAUCAGUUUGCUGUAUUAGACACACCAUUGUUGUUUGAGAGUAAUAAAAUGGUCCCAUAUAUGGCAUUCACCAUUGUUGUCUCCUGCAAACCAGAGCAACAGCUGGAAAGACUUAAAGCUAGGAACCAGCUCUCUGAAAAUGAGGCUCUGCAGAGAAUAAAUUCUCAAAUGUCAUUGGAUGAAAAAUGUCGUCUGGCAACAUUUGUGAUUGACAAUAGUGGUGAUUUGGACCAGACUAAAAAACAAGUUUUGGAGAUACACAAAAAGUUGCGCUCAAGCAGACGGCAUUGGAAAUUAAGACUUGCUCUUUUUUCUGUGAUAGUAGUGUUUGUUUCUGUGAUUAGUUAUUUGAUUGUCAAAUAAGCUGUAGAAGUUUAAAUAAGCUGUAGUAGUUUGUUAAAAGCAAAAUUGAGCCGAGCCAUGACAAAACCAACAUAAUGCGUUUGCGACCAGCAUAGAUCCAUGCUGUUCUCUUACAAACCCUAUAACAAGUAGAGAAACUGACAAUGAACAGCAUGGAUCCUGAUCAGACUGCGCGGAUGCGCAGGCUAGUCUGGAUCCAUGCUGGUUGCAAACGCAUAAUGUUGGUUUUGUCAUGCCAUGGCUGAAAUUAUGUUAAUUGUACAUAAAUAUCUAAGUCAAGCAUACUAGUAAAAAUAUUGUUUUCUGCGACUUCUACUUUGUAAAGUCUAUGAUAGGCAACCACUUCAGAUUGUUUAUUCUUGACUUACAAAUUUUAAUAUAUUCAUAAUUUUUUUUUAAAAUAUGUAUACAGACUUAAUAUCUGUAAAGUUAACUAUCAUAAUAAUACAAAAUACUUCACAUUUUUCAGUUAGUUUAGCUACUUUUAGUUUGCAUUAGGCACCAUUUUGUACAUUUCAGUAUUUCUAUGACAAACAGAAUAGUAAGUACAUAACUUUUCAGCAUAGAACCAAGUGAGCCAACACAACCAUGCAGUCUGACCAUGAUCUAUACUGUUGGUAUAUGUAUCUCAAGUUUUGUGUUCUAUAUUGAGUUCUAUUUAACUUUAAAGAUCCUGUAACACAAUUUUUUUAUGGUUUUAUAUCAUAAAUAUGAUGCUAAAAUUAAGAUAUAUCAAUUUUGUAAGUUCCAAAAAGCAUUAUUUAUAAAGAUAUUACCGAAUUUAACAUUUCAUGUAAAUAAAGGGAUGCCGGUACUAAAAUCUUUAUUUUCUUUAAUAUCUAAGUCAAAUUUUUUCAAUAAGAAAUGAAUGCAUAUAUUUUAAUGAUUACAUAAUUAUAAUAUGUACAAAUAUUUGCAGUACAUAUUGUACAUGUUCUUUAAUGUUUGAAAAUUGUUGUAUAAGCAUAAUUGUAUACAUAUAUGUAAUUUCACUUAUGUGUGGUAUACAACCUCAUUUACAACAUACAGGAUCUUUAAAUUGACUGUUCCAAAUCAGAAGCAGGGGAAAACUGUUAUACUGUUUAUUUAUUACACAAGCCAGGGUUAGUUUAGCCAAUGUAUAAUAAUACAUUAUUUACAAUUUAUACCAUUUUUUAAGUUGUUAAAAACUUUGUAGUAAAUUCGUUAGAAAUGUUUGUUAAAUACAAAAUUUAGUGAGAUAGUAGAAGCAAACUUGUGUUACAUACUGCACUGUUUGUGAAAAAGAAAAAAAAAGUUGAAGGUAAAAUUAUCUGUUUUUGUCCAUAUCAUUUUUUUCUGUAUGAAUUUCUUUCGUGAUAAAGUCUGUUUGUUACUGAGUUUUGUUUUAACUCAAUAAUGUUCAACAAUGAUUUCAUAUAAACUAUAUCCAGUAUUACGGGCAUUAUUAUUAUAUUAGUCCAGUACUAUUUAUAUGUUAUAAUAUUGUAAUGUUAUUUCAUUAAACUUCAAAUUCAACUAUUACAUAUACAUUGUACAUUUUGUUGUUUUUCUUAAGGUCAGACUGAUAGUUUAAUAUUGGCUUAUGAUCAAAACUUAAACUAAUGAAGGAAGAUGUUGGCUGAUCGUUGUUAUUGUAUGUUAUAUUAUCUGUAUUUUUAUAUUUACACAAUACAAAAGUGUCCCCCUUACAAGAUCA